AUGAAGUACUUCGGCUUGAUCGCCGCCGCUUCGUCGGUGUUGCCCAGUUUGACCAACGCCCACUACCUGUUCCCUCACCUGAUGUACAAGGGUCAGAAGACCAAUGAGUACGAGUAUGUUCGUGAGCACGACAACGGUUUCCAACCGUCGUGGGACAACGGCAACAUCCUUCAGUCCAACGACCUCCGCUGCAAUAAGGGCUCCGAGAACCACGCCAAGGAGCCAAAGGCGGCCAAGGUUGUGGCUGGUCAGGACGUUAUCGGCUUCGCCACCAACAUCAAUACGAAGAUCGGCCACCCGGGCUAUCUUACGAUCCAAAUGAGCAAAGCGCCCGGUAACGUCAGUGAUUAUAUGGGCGAGGGCGAUUGGUUCACCGUUUACCAGUUGACUACGACAACUCCAUGGAACGGAACCGACGAGGGUUGGCUGUCAUGGCAGAAAAACCAGUUUACCUUUAAGCUGCCUCUGGAGACCCCCAGGGGCCAGUACCUGAUGCGCAUCGAGCAUAUGGCCGUCCACAACCCCUACAAGGCCAAGGAAUUCUACAUGCAGUGCGCCCACCUCGACGUCGACUCCGACUACAACGGCUCCGCUCCCGGACCGACCUACAAGAUCCCCGGCGGGCUCACCAAGGACUCCCCAGCCGUUCAGCUUGAUAGCUGGGCCGACAAGAAGACUCUCACUUCCGCCCCGAGGCCCUGGUCCGAUAAGCUGUGGCCCAAUGAUGACCAGUUCAACAAGUUCAUCUGA